CUGCGCCUUUUUACGCACAAAACAAGUCAGAGCGCACGCACGACCGGCGGGGAGAACGGCAGAGACAAUAGACAACAGUUUUGGGUCAUCAUGGUAUUUGGAUUUGUACCCGUAUAUUAACACGCGCGCCGGACUGUGACAUACAGGUGAACGAUCAGUGAACGCGUCUGUCCAUCCGCCGGCACAAAGUUUCUCCAGGUUUUUUUAAUGUUGCCAACCGAGAUUUCAGGAGGAGUGUGUUUCACCUCAAGCGAUCACACUGAGGGAAGAAGAGAAGGGAUGAAAACAGAGGAAAGCCCGCAGCCCUGUCAGCAGCAGCCUCCGUCCUCAACGCCCUUUGGUCAGGAGUAUAGGGGAGGAGGAGAAAUGUGCGCGGCCUGCGAGUCUCCCAUCGCCGACCGCUUCCUGCUGCGCGUGAACGAGCGCUCCUGGCACGAGACCUGCGUCAAGUGCGCCGUGUGUUUGAGCGCGCUCACCGGAACCUGUUACUGCAGGGACCGCCUGCUGUACUGCAAGCACGACUACGAAAAGCUGUUUGUAAGAAAGUGCAGCGCAUGCCUGCAGGUGAUUGGACGCUCAGAGCUGAUAAUGCGCGUGCUAGGCCAGGUGUACCAUCUGGGCUGCUUUACCUGCUGUGAGUGUGAACGCCGGCUGCAAAGAGGUGAUGAGUUUGUACUGAAAGAAGGCCAGCUGCUCUGCCGUAUGGACUAUGAGAAGGAGAGGGAAAUGUUGGCUGCUAUUAGUCCCACACCAACCGAAUCAGUAAAAAGUGAGGAUGAGGACGGUGGGGGAGGAUCUGGUGGAGGGAAAGGCGGAGAUGAAAGCAAGGAGCACAAGCGUUCAAAACGGCCGCGCACCAUCUUGACCACACAACAGCGCCGCGCUUUCAAGGCCUCCUUUGAAGUGUCCGCUAAGCCUUGUCGCAAGGUGAGAGAGACACUGGCGGCUGAGACCGGGCUGACAGUGCGCGUUGUGCAGGUGUGGUUUCAAAACCAGAGAGCCAAGAUGAAGAAGAUCGCUCGCAGACAGCAGCAGCAGCAGCAGCAGCAGCAGGAACAGGAGCAGCUGGGGGGGACCAGACGAGGACCAAGUCGAGGAGGGCGCCAGAGCAACGACGACAGCGAGGAUGGCUCUAGUACCCACGGCAUGGAUGGGAUGCUGGGAUAUCCCUCUCUGCCACGGCAGCAGCUACUUGCUCUGGACCCCAACAUCUACGGCGGAGAACCAUUUCGACACGGGCUCACGCCGCCUCAGCUGAGCAACGAGCAGCUCCACUCUUAUGACUCGGAGACGGUGUUCCAUGACCUGGACAGUGAUGGAAGCCUCGGUCACCUUGGAGACUGCCUCUUGGCAACGGGGGACGGCAGUCUGCUGGCAGGGCGAGUGGGAAACCCCAUUGACCGCCUCUACUCAAUGCAGAACUCCUACUUCACCUCCUGACCCUUAUAAACUCUCGCCCUUCCCACUCCUGUUUCACCUUUCACCUCCGAGAUGCAGCUAAUGGAGUCCGUCCAUCAACAUGCCCGUGGGACCGCUCUCCUUGAUGCAGCCCUUCUGAGCUUUUAUCAUAGGCUAAAAUCAUCACAGAGCCAUACAUUGUCAUAACAACACUUUGCAGCAUAUUAGUUAUAUAUUCCAACUGUCUUCAACCGUUUUCUUGGUGAGAAUCACAUGCUGGAAAUACAAACACUGUAAAUGCCCAAAAUAUGUAAAAAGAACUUCAAUUUCUUCUGUUGUAUUCAUGUAAUGUAACACGUUUCAUGGCACUUUCUGACAAAAAAAAGACACCUAUCAAACAUAUUUAUGUGUAUAUUAUGGUUUUCAUAUGAUAAUUGGAAAUUUAAGUGGAAUUUAUCAAUGAAGGUACGUUCAACGACUCUCGGCAGGCCUUGUGAGCAGCCGAGAGUCAAAGUUAGUUUAUUGCUUAACUAUUUUUUUUAACACGACUGAUGAUUAGUGUGUGGGAGACUGCAGCGUAUACAAUACUGUAUAUGGAUUGGAGUACAAUUUUGCUCUCAGGUUAGUGUGUAUGUGUAUGAGACCUGAGCUCUAACUCAGGAUAUUGAGCUGGAUAGAAGUACAAUUUAACUUGCCCAGUGACUUUAAGAAGGCUGACUGCAAAGAGGAAGAAACUCUCCAUGUAAAGUGGUAACUUCAAACUGCAUUCUUAGUUUUUGAUAAUGCAUGACAGGUUUAAUAUGAACCAAAAAAAUAAUAAUCACAUCUUUUUUUAACAUUUAGACACUACAGGGUUAUUUGCGUAGCCUUAUGCGGAAACAGGGUUGUAUAAGUGAUUUGUUAUUUUGCUUUACAUUCUCUUUUAAAAUGUAAUCAGAUAGAAACAGUGCCGUAAAUGACAACCAAUAGAUCUAUCAUGCCUAAAAACACUGGGCACAUGAUAAUGUGCUCUCAAAUGUAAAUGUGAGUAUGACUGUGUUACAAUUAACUGUUGUAUUCAAUUUCUGUAAAAACUUAUUUCUCAAACAUCUCAAAUUAGAUGUUGUUAGGUAGAUAUUUUGUACCUUUUUCUGUGAUAAUCAGCAAAUAUUUAAAUUGUAGCAUGAUAUUUAUGUGUCACAAAGUAGGUCUAAAGAAAUAGCCUCCAAACGGAAACUGGAAAGCAAGUGCAGAGAACCAGAAUCAGACUCAAUGUGGUGCAGAAUAAAAUAGGAUUAGGAUGAUACUUGUUUAAAUUAGGUGCCAGUGAUCGGCUUCAGCUUGUCACAUUCUUUCAUGACAUGUUGGACUCUGAUCACUGACUCAUGGUAUUUUUACAGUGAUAUUUUUGUAAAUGUAACUUAUUUGUGCGGUAUUAGGCGAAUUCCUAUCUUACCUUUUUAGUUCAGUGACUGCCAGGUGAUGUGCUUUGAAUGUAAUAUUGCCGUAUCUUCAAUACAAUCUGCGGUUUCAUAUUUGAA